CUUCCGGUUGGGCAGCCUGGCAGCGCGCAAUCCUAAAAAAAAUCCACAUCCACUCAUCGUACACGCCGCAUUUCUCUUCUCACGAAGAUUCCCCGGACAUCCGCCGACAACUUGCCGUCAUGGCAUCAUACCCAGAACCAACCGGAGCCGACGAGCCCACUUCAACAUCUGCAUCACCACCUCAAUCCGCACCCGCGCCUCCAUCAACAACAACACCGUCGCCUCAUCAACAUCAUCAACAACUACCAGCACCACCUACACCACAAGGAUACGAUGCCCUCCCUCACUUACCUGCCACCACCGUCGCGCAUCAUGGCCUGCAGGUGCUGCAAGCUGCAUCUGCAUCUGCCAUCGCUGCGAAUGGAGAAGCAGCCAACUUAGCUCAACAUUACGCGCAAUCUGCGACUCUUCAAAUGGAAGAUCCCCUUAACCCUCCGCAUCUUGACACUCCCUUGAUUGGCCCUCCAACCACUAUGGCGCAUCAAAAAGUCACUCGUCUAAGACGCGCUUGCGACAUGUGCAGUCAGCGCAAAGUCAAGUGCGACGAAUCCGGUCCGCCUUGUAAACCAUGUUCCGAUCUCCAGGUCGAGUGUACCUUUAAUAGAGCCAUGAAACGACGUGGUCCCCCGAAUAAACAUGCCGAAGCUGCAAGAGCCGCGAAGCGAUCUCGUCACACCGACGACGAAGUAUCCCCAGCUCCUCACCAUGCCGCGGAGACAUUGGUUUCUAUCGCUGCUCACAAUCCAACAGGCGCAUUAGACGCCGAAACUAUUGCGCCGUGGCCCAUAUUGGAAUUACUAGUUGACGACUUCUUCACUUACAUUCACCCGUUAAUGCCCUUCCCGCACGAACCGACCUUUCGCGCUGCAUUUACCAGUCGUAUGGAUAGAAAUAGUACUGAGUUUCUAGCAUUACUUGCAAGCAUGAUAGGCGCGCUUGUCGCCUCGUUUCCACGAAGCGCAAGAUCGCAUCUCAAGGCCCAGCGUAGCACGAGCCUGUUUCCCUCGGCAGUUACCAUGGUCAACCACUGCCGUUCUAUCGCAUUAGAAGCUCGAGGCCCUCGCUUCACGUUGAAGGAGGAAAUGACUAUCGACGAUGCGGCAACUAGCUAUUUCCUAGCGAUUGCUGCUGACUAUACCAUGCAGUGGAAGCUUUGCAAACGUUUCUUUGCCGAAACGAUGACAUUCUGCAAGGAACUCAGUAAUCAUCGCCAAGGAAGCGCAUCUUCAAGAGAACAUGCACAGACCCUUAAUGAAACAUCCAAUGAGGUCAUUGAUCAUGUUAAGGAUCAAAUCGGCAAACGUAUCUUUUGGGUUAUGGUUGCGAGCGUGAGAACAAUGACCCAAUUGGGCGGAUCUAUUAAUGAAAUACCCUUACCUCCACCCACUUCCCAAGAACCAUAUCCAGAGCAACCAGUCGAAGUUGAUGAUGCAUAUAUAUUCCCUGAACAAAUACUCGCCCAGCCGGAAGGUACUCUUUCUCUACUUGCAGGAUUUAAUCGGAAUAUUCGCAUUUAUAUGACUAUGAACGAACUAGUUGGCGUGGACAUGUGCUAUGGAAUCAAUUUCUUCGAUUGGACUGCGCAGAAAAACAUUCUAAGCAAUGGCCUGGCAAGUGCCAAGCAGUCCGCCGAAGAUCUACCUCCGGAGCUUCAGGUCAAGGCUGAUAACCUACAGCAGCUUCAAAAUCAUAACAUGGGUCUUGAUGACUCGAAUUUGGAGUAUUACCCACCUGCUCUCCCCACUACGCAACCCGCAAAUGAUCUGCGACGCGCAUUUGCCGAACAGCCCCUGCGCCGACGCCAUCUCCAAUUUGAAAUACAGAAAGCAAAUAUCCAACUAUCCCAGCUUGCUACACGAUCAUAUUUCGUCGAACGAUACCUUAACCUCCGCGAUGCACACUUGGCGGAUCCUAAUUUCGCAGAUAGAUCAAAGGAUGACAAAGACGAUCGUGAUGCGAUGAUGGAAAAUGAGUGGGAAUUCAUUGUGCAAAGUCUCGUUACGGUCCUCGCAUCCAUUAACCAGCGUAACAUGGAACCUAAUGGUAGCUCAUUCAUCAACAAGAUCCGACAGGUGGCCAGUACACUUUUAAAUACUACCACGGAACGCAAGGAACAAGCAGCGGCCAAAGCGGAAGAAUAUCUCAGCGGGUUCUUAGAUAUUCUUAUGAAGCUGGAGAAAAUUGGAGCGGCUCCUAGAGCCGAGACUAUGACAUCUCAAGACGAGGAAGAAGAACUUCGGGGUUGGUCUAGUCUUAGAGACUAUCAACUCCAGUUCACUGCGAGUGGUGGAUUUCCCGGGGACGGCUAUUAGAGAUAUGAUUCCGACCCGGGAGGCUAUCCACUCAACGUUUUUUCCUAUUCACACACUACCAGGGCCCUAGUGGCAUGGUUAACACCGCAUUCCCCCAUUCAUAUGUCUCAAUGACAUAUUCAUGCCCCUUGCGGAAUAACGAGGCACUCACGGUCAACUGGUACGCGGGCGACUCUUGCGAGUUGCUAGGACAAAGUAUGCAGAUUCAAACGUGUCUAUACAGUGGAAGGGAAGGAGUCAAUCAACGAAAAUAAACCGGCUUGGUUUUAUUCCUAGGCUCAGCGAAUUGUGUAAAUAUAUAAUCAUCACCGAUCUUGUGCAUUCAUUAUUAAUGUAGGUUUAGAUGGUAUACGAUGAAGGCAUGAGGCCGGUGUGUUACACUUAAUAUGAUACGCGAUCAUGCGAUUACUUCAUUGCUCUUUAACUCUUCCACAUGCAAGCGAUAGUAUUGUGAUACUUGAAAUUUUGUUCAAUGAUUCGAAUCGUUCCGAUG